GUGCAUUCUUUCACACUGCCCCACCCCCAAAACCCUAGCUCCGCCGCUAACCCCAAACUUUCACCAAUGGCAGCCGCCGCCGCCCGCCCCCUCGUCACCGUCCAGACCGUGGAGAACGACAUGGCCACCGAUGGAGGCGCCGCCGCCAAAUCCCUUCCCCUCCCGGACGUCAUGAAGGCGGCGAUCCGCCCCGACAUCGUCACGUUCGUCCACAGCCAGAUCUCGAAUAACUCCCGCCAGCCCUACGCCGUAUCCAAGCGCGCCGGCCACCAGACCUCCGCCGAGUCCUGGGGAACAGGCCGCGCCGUCUCCCGUAUCCCUCGCGUCCCCGGUGGAGGCACCCACCGCGCCGGCCAGGGAGCCUUCGGGAACAUGUGCAGGGGCGGCCGCAUGUUCGCGCCCACCAAGAUCUGGCGUCGCUGGCACAGAGCCGUCAACGUCACCCAGAAGAGGCACGCUGUAGUCUCGGCGAUCGCUGCAUCUGCUGUCCCCUCCCUCGUUCUCGCUCGUGGCCACAGGAUUGAGGAAGCUCCCGAGCUGCCCUUGGUCAUGUCGGACACCGUCGAGGCUGUUGAGAAGACCAGCGCCGCCAUCAAGAUACUCAAACAAGUUGGUGCAUACCCUGAUGCUGAGAAGGCUAAGGAUAGUCACGCCAUUCGCGCUGGAAAGGGUAAAAUGCGCAACCGCCGGUACAUCUCCCGGAAAGGCCCUCUGGUUGUGUACGGGACUGAAGGCGCCAAGCUGACCAAGGCUUUCAGGAACAUCCCCGGAGUUGAGCUGGCCCAUGUGUCCCGCCUCAAUCUUCUCAAGCUUGCCCCCGGAGGCCAUCUUGGGAGGUUCAUUAUCUGGACUCAAUCUGCUUUUGAGAAGCUGGAUGAGAUCUACGGGACUUUCGACAAGCCAUCUGAGAAGAAGAAGGGGUAUGUGUUGCCGAGGACCAAGAUGGUGAAUGCUGACUUGGCGAGGAUCAUCAACUCUGAUGAGGUGCAGUCUGUUGUGAAGCCAAUCAAGAAGGAGGUCAAGAGGGCUACGUUGAAGAAGAAUCCGCUGAAGAAUCUGAAUGUGAUGUUGAAGCUCAACCCGUAUGCCAAGGCUGCCAAGAGGAUGACCUUGUUGGCCGAGGCCCAGAGAGUGCAAGCUAAGAAGGAGAAGCUUGACAAGAAGAGGAAGCAGAUCACAAAGGAAGAGGCAUCUGCAAUCCAAUCCGCCGGCAAAGCUUGGUACAAGACAAUGAUCUCAGACAGUGACUACACAGAAUUCGAGAACUUCACCAAGUGGUUGGGUGUCUCUCAGUGAUUCAAUGUCUAUUUUAAUGUCUGCUAAAACCCUUACUUCUUAUGCUUUAUGUUUACUGAUUUCGACAUUGAUUUUUGAGGACACGAAUGGGACGAUAUGGGAUGGGGAUGACUGCAAUGAUUUUCUCAAGUCAUCAAAAGUUCCUUCUUCCCAUGUUUUAUCUCCUAGACUUCUUCUGCUUAGUUUGAGAAGAUUUUGGUUAGACUAUAUUUUAAGAAUUUAUUUAUUUUCAUGUGAUCAAGACAUGGUUUUUCUCCAUUUUAUUGAUUCGGUUGUUUUAUCCAUAUAUGGUGGUGUGGUAAGUGAAUCUUGUUUUGUAUGUCUACCUUUCCUGCUCUCUCUUCCUCUAUCUGUAGUAUGAUUUGAUUCUAGAUUUUUGUAGUAUCUGUGAGAGUUUACAUGCUUUUGAGCUGUGCUUCUAUCAUUCUAUUGGUAGCAUGAAAUGCAGAAAGCACUCUCUUCUUUCUGGACCCAAAUUGCUUGUGUUUAUUACAGGCUUCAACCUAUGCUCCUUGGUGAUUUACUAGGUUAUAUUCGUUCCUGAUAGUUGGGCCUCAAUAAAUUCUUGACCUUCAUAUACUACAGGACACCAGUAAGUUGGUUCUUGUUAGAUUUGAGCCAUACAUUACAGCACAGGGUACCACUAAGUUUGUUGUUUGGUUUGAGUACCCUCGGUGAUUUAUGACAAAACGGAUUUGCUGAACUUGAUUGGCUUUACAUUCAUCUUUAUCAUUUGUUGAUGUAAAAACUAGAAACAACUCGUGUAUAUCAUAUGCAAUAGUUGGAAGAUGGAAGUUGUAACCUGGGAGCAUUCCUGAUUUAGCAAGUUUUGAGCAUUUGAG